UAGAGGAAACUUAGAUGCUCGAUAGCCUAAAAGCGUGCUCCCGGCUCACGACACAUGCAGUAUGUCGGAAGCACGUGCGUAAGGAGGAAGUACAAUAUUAAAAUUUAAAAAAUGCCUAGCCACGCAUCCACCGGACUCAAUGGCGCGACCGAUAGUUAUCUUCUUUUAGAAGAUGGUAAUGUUUUCUUGGGAAAGCGCUUCGGUGCCGACGUAUCCGUCGAUGGUGAAAUUGUUUUCCAGACUGGUAUGAUCGGUUAUCCGGAGUCGCUUACGGAUCCAUCUUAUCAUGCUCAGAUUCUAGUGCUUACAUAUCCACUCAUAGGAAACUAUGGUGUUUUUAAUAAUGAAAAAGACGAAUAUGGUAUACCAUAUUGGUUUGAAUCUUAUCGUAUUUGGGCUGCUGGACUCGUGGUCGGAGAAAUUUGUGAGAAGCCCAGUCACUGGCGACAAAUCAAGACGCUAUCCAAUUGGAUGAAAGAACAAAACAUACCCGGAAUAUAUGCGAUUGAUACUCGAGCAUUGACAAAAGUUAUUCGCGAGAAAGGCACUAUAUUGGGUAAGAUAGUUUUUGGUCAACCACCAUCACUUACUCUGCCUAUAACACCUCCAAUAGAAGAUCCUAAUAAGAGGAAUCUCGUUGCUGAAGUUUCUCAGCCAAAUCCAAAAACGUAUAAUCCGAACGGGCAUCCUCGUAUAUGCGUAAUUGAUUGUGGAUUAAAAUACAAUCAAUUAAGAUGUCUGUUAAGACGUGGCGCUCGUGUAGAUGUCGUACCAUGGAACUACGAUUUCAAAAUCACCGAAUUUGAUGGUCUAUUCCUUAGUAACGGUCCGGGUGAUCCCAGUAUGUGCCGCGUAGUCAUAGAAAAUAUCCAAGCAAUCUUAGCACAACAAAAGAGAAAACCUAUCUUUGGCAUAUGUCUUGGACAUCAACUCUUAUCUAUAGCCGCUGGUUGCACUACGUAUAAAAUGAACUAUGGCAAUCGAGGCCAUAAUCAACCGGCAACGCAUCAUGUUACCGAACGUUGCUUCAUGACUUCACAAAAUCAUGGGUUUUGCGUCGAUGCAACUCGCUUACCACCUGAUUGGGAAGUACUUUUUACCAAUACCAAUGACAAUAGCAACGAAGGAGUGGUCCACUCGAAUUUGCCGUAUUUUUCUGUUCAAUUUCAUCCAGAGCACACAGCAGGACCUGAAGAUCUUGAAUGUCUCUUUGACGUGUUCUUAGAGAGUGUAAAGGAUGAGAUUUAUGAUUGUUCUCAAAUAACUAUAAAGGAUAGACUCACUCAGAAACUGACUUAUCAACCUUCAAUUCCAAUUGCGACUGAACGACCGAAAAAAGUGUUAAUUCUGGGAUCGGGAGGACUGAGCAUCGGUCAAGCCGGAGAAUUCGAUUAUUCGGGUUCGCAAGCAAUUAAAGCGCUGAAGGAAGAAUCAAUACAGACUCUUCUAAUAAAUCCUAAUAUUGCUACAGUGCAAACAUCAAAAGGCAUGGCCGACAAAGUAUAUUUCUUGCCGAUAAUACCGGAAUAUGUUGAACAGGUGAUACAAUCCGAGAGACCGGAUGGUGUGCUAUUAACAUUCGGUGGACAAACCGCCCUCAAUUGCGGUGUCGAGCUUGAGAAGAACGGUGUAUUUGCAAAAUAUAAUGUUAAAAUUCUAGGGACGCCAAUUGAAUCCAUUGUACAAACUGAAGACAGAAAAAUAUUCGCAGAUCGUAUCAGCGAGAUAAAUGAAAGAGUCGCACCAAGUGCUGCUGUAUAUUCAGUCCAAGAGGCGUUAGAAGCUGCUGAAAAAUUGGGUUAUCCUGUAAUGGCACGCGUUGCAUUCUCAUUAGGAGGUCUUGGAUCAGGUUUUGCUAAUACAAAAGAAGAACUUGGAACGCUAGCGCAACAAGCCCUAGCUCAUUCCAGUCAAUUAAUAAUCGACAAAUCUCUAAAGGGUUGGAAGGAAGUGGAAUACGAGGUUGUCCGUGAUGCAUACGACAAUUGCAUUACAGUAUGCAAUAUGGAAAAUGUCGAUCCACUCGGCAUACACACUGGCGAAUCGAUUGUUGUCGCGCCGAGUCAGACAUUAUCUAAUAAAGAGUACAAUAUGUUGCGAACUACCGCUACUAAGGUCAUCAGACAUUUCGGUAUUAUCGGAGAAUGUAACAUUCAGUAUGCACUUAAUCCAUUUUCCGAAGAAUAUUAUAUCAUCGAAGUAAAUGCUAGACUAUCCAGAAGCUCGGCUUUAGCUAGCAAGGCUACCGGCUAUCCUCUAGCUUAUGUCGCUGCUAAAUUGGCUCUUGGAAUACGUUUGUCAGAUAUUCGUAAUUCUGUCACUGGAGAAACAACAGCCUGUUUUGAACCAAGUCUUGAUUAUUGUGUCGUUAAAAUACCCAGAUGGGAUCUCAGUAAAUUUCAUCGAGUUAACACGAAGAUCGGUAGUUCUAUGAAAAGUGUGGGUGAAGUGAUGGCGAUUGGUCGUAAAUUCGAAGAGGCUUUCCAGAAAGCGUUGAGAAUGGUUAAUGAGAAUGUAAAUGGUUUUGAUCCUUACGUGAAAACGAUAGAUGAUGAAGAAUUAGAGAAGCCAACUGAUAAGAGGAUGUUUGUUCUCGCAUCUUCGAUCAAAGCCGGUUAUACAAUUGAUCGAUUGUAUGAACUUACCAAGAUAGACCGCUGGUUCCUCGAGAAAAUGAAGAACAUCAUUGAUUAUUACGAUCUUCUAGAAAAUAUCGAUCAUACGAAGCUUUCGCAUGAUUUGCUGCUGGGUGCAAAGCAAAUCGGUUUCUCAGAUAAACAAAUUGCUGAUAUGGUGAAGAGUUCCGAAUUAGCUGUCAGAAUACAAAGACAAGAAAACAAUAUCCGACCAAUGGUUAAGCAGAUUGACACAGUGGCUGCUGAAUGGCCAGCUAAUACAAAUUAUCUUUAUUUAACAUAUAAUGGCACUACUCAUGAUGUGGAAUUUCCUGGCGGAUAUACAAUGGUGAUAGGUAAAAUUAUGAUUGAUUUAAAGUCAUUUAUAAUGGAAAGAAACUUUUGCGAAGAAGUUGGGUAUCCAUGUCUUGUGCGGCCUUCAUACGUCCUAAGUGGAGCUGCAAUGAACGUCGCCUAUUCGAAUCAAGAUCUCGAGUCAUAUUUGAAAAGUGCAAGUGAAGUCAGUAAAGAGCACCCUGUGGUAAUAUCGAAAUUUAUUCUUGAAGCAAAAGAAAUCGAUGUUGACGCUGUAGCUUAUGAUGGGAUUAUAUUAUGCAUGGCGGUAUCUGAACAUGUAGAAAACGCUGGUGUUCAUUCGGGCGAUGCAACGUUAGUAACACCACCACAAGACAUCAACUCACAAACUUUAGCAAAAAUAAAAAGUAUUUCAAAAGCAGUAGCAGCAUCUUUGGGAGUCACUGGUCCUUUUAACAUGCAGCUGAUUGCGAAGGAUAACGAGUUAAAAGUAAUUGAGUGUAAUGUAAGAGUAUCCAGAUCUUUUCCUUUCGUCUCAAAAACCUUGGAUUAUGAUUUCGUCGCAACAGCAACACGAUUAAUUAUUGGCGAAACUUUUGAAUCUGUGGAUGUUUUAGCUGGUUGUGGGAAAGUUGGUGUGAAAGUACCACAAUUUUCGUUCUCCCGUCUUGCCGGCGCUGAUGUCACAUUGGGAGUCGAGAUGUUGUCGACCGGCGAAGUAGCUUGUUUUGGCGAGAAUCGUUACGAAGCUUACCUGAAAGGCAUGAUAAGCACUGGUUUUCAUAUUCCUCAAAGAGGCAUUUUGCUCUCUGUAGGAAGUUUUAAGCAUAAAAUGGAAUUGUUAGGAUCUAUCAGAAAUUUGAAGAACAUGGGAUACAAAUUGUAUGCCAGCAUGGGAACUGCCGAUUUUUAUACCGAGCAUGGCGUCGAGGUCGAACCUGUGCAAUGGACUUUCGAAAACAUCGCUGUGAACGAGGAUUCUAGUCCAAGCCAACUUCGGCAUCUCGCCGAUUUUUUGUCAAAAAAGCAAUUUGAUCUCGUAAUCAAUUUACCAAUGAGAAAUGGUGGUGCUCGACGUGUUUCUAAUUUUAUGACGCACGGUUAUCGAACAAGAAGACUUGCGAUAGAUUAUUCCGUACCUUUGAUUACGGAUGUUAAAUGCGCGAAACUUUUGGUCGAAGCAUUGAGAAUGGUCGGCGGUAAAGCACCACGAAUGAAAACGCAUACUGAUUGCGUGUCAUCACGCAAGAUGAUCAGGCUGCCUGGUCUUAUCGACGUGCAUGUGCAUACUCGCGAUCCUGGAGCGACUUACAAGGAGGACUUUGCUUCUUGCACAGCAGCAGCACUCGCCGGAGGCAUUACUACUAUUUUCGCGAUGCCCAAUACCAAUCCUGCAAUAGUAGAUCGUCAGACUUUUGCGAUUGCUAAGGAGGUAAGAUUUCAUAAAAUCCUCAUAUUAGAAUUUUAAAAUUUAUUGACU